UCUCGCUUUAUCUUCGAUUCUCCGUUUGCGCUAUCGUAACCCUUGUUUGCGAAGAGAAACGCCGUUCCCGGCGGAGGCACGGCCGGAAAACUUCCGCCGCCUCGCCUCGCUCCGGCGCACGUCGCCGGCGACGAGGGGCCGGGGGCAAACCGGUGGUCGGUCGGCCUGCUCCUCUCCUCCCCGCCCGUGCGCCUUCUCCCCUGCUGCCCGCGAGCAGGUGCGAAUCGAAUCGAAUCGAAGGUCAACCACGAUGAAGAAGCCCAACGUCGCCGCCAAGGUCAAGGCGGCCGCCGCCGGUGGGGCGGAUGGGGGGUCGUCCAAGGGGAGCCCUUCCACCCCUGCAUCGCUCAGGGUGACUAAGUUGGUCAAGGGGAAGGCGAAGGUGAAGGCGAAGGCUAGCCGGGAGAAGGCUGCUGCGCCAGCCGCUGCGGCUGGUAAAGAGGCCGCGUCCCUGGGUGAUGCUGGUGGCAAUGCUGAUGCAUCGCCUGCGGCUCCGGCUUUGCGACCGGCCGCGGUGGCUGAUGCGGACGGGGCAUCCAAGGGGAGCCCUUCCACCCCUGCAUCGGUCAAGAAGACAUCUAGGUUGAAUAAGGUGAAGGCGAAGGCGAAGGCUGCAGCAGCUGCUGCCGCUUCAGGGUCCCCAUCCGUUGGUGCUGCUGGUGGCAAUGCUGAUGCAUCGCCUGCAGCCCCGGCUCCGCGAUCAGCUACUGUGGCCGAUGGAUCAGCAGCUCGGGUGAUAUCGACGCCAGCGGCAGCUACGGCUGAAGCAUCAACGCCAAAGCGAAGGCUAAAGCUAAAACCAAAGCUGGCUGAGGCUAAUGCUAAUGCUAAUGCUGUAGUUGCCACCAAGAAUGGUGUAGGUGCUGAUAACAACGAUGGUGAUGCCAUCAAGAAGAGAAAAAGAGAGAUUGCUGGGGAGAGGACUAGCAAUGUGAAGGAAAGGAGGAAGGAGGAGGAGGGAAGCAAGAAGGAAGAGAGGCUUGACAGUAAGGGAGGAGGGCUUAUAUUCAUGUGUAAUGCGCAGACUAAACCAGAAUGCUUUCAGAGCCGCUUGUUUGGGUAUCCCAGAGGGAAAAUCGGAAUAGUUGAGAAGAUCCGACCAGGGAUGAGGUUGUUCCUCUAUGAUUUUGACUUGAAGCUACUUUAUGGGGUGUACAAGGCAGUAUCAAAGGGUGGGCUUGAUCUUGUUCGAGAUGCAUUCAGUGGAAAAUUCCCUGCACAGGUGAAAUUUAAGAUAGAUAAAGAUUGCCUUCCACUUCCUGAGAGCAGAUUUAAGGAUGCAAUCAGAGAGAACUAUAGUGCAAAGAGCAAGUUCAAUCCCGAGCUCAACUCUAGACAAGUCCAUAGGCUAAUAGCUCUAUUUGAGUCUGUGAGUGUACCUCAACCAGCUCCACAGAAGCCUCUUGAAGAGAUGCACCACUAUGAAGGAAAAACACAGCCACAUCAAUAUGAAGAAAGACGAUCUUCUUUGCCUGUCAUGCAUGUUCCUCCCCCUAAAGACUUAUACAGGGCAACACGCUUUGAUCCACAUCCAGUGGAUUAUAGGAUUGAUCAUUCUUUGUCUAAUGCUCAUGAUGGUCCCCACAUACAUUAUCAGCAAACACUUGUUGCACGCGAGUCUCAGCGUGUUCCUCUUGACAUAGAGCCUCGUCUUGUGCCGCAUGCCCUAGAGCCUCGUCAUGGCCCUUCUAUCCCAGAGAUUCAGCAUGUUCCACAUGCAUACUACCGCCAUUUGGCUCCAUCUGAUGUUCCAUAUUAUCGUUCUCAAGUGGAUCCACUGCCUGAUCGUGUUGCUGCCAGAACUGUGGCUGAUCCAUUUCUUUCAAGAGAUUAUACAGCAGUCCCAGCCACAAGAUCUGAUGGUGCUGCCCGUGUUGAGGAACUCAGGCGGAUAGGGGAUAUUGCUUCACUUGGUGCUCGGGUGGAGGAGCUCUACCGUCCAGGAGAGCUUGCUGCUCGCGGUUCUCGUGUGGAGGAGCUCUACCGUCCAGGAGAGAUUGUUGCUCGUGGUUCUCGUGUGGAGGAGCUCUAUCGUCCACGAGAGGUUGCUGCUCACAGUGCUCGCAUGGAGGAUCUGUAUCGUCCAGGAGAAAUUCCUAUCCGUGGUGCUCGUGUGGAGGAUCUGUACCGUCCUGGAGAAAUUUCUGCUCGUGCUGUUCGUGUAGAGGAUCUUUACCGUUCUGACCAACGCAUCACUCAUGCUGUGGACCUCCCUCUCCACGCACCCUAUCCAACAGCUCAUUAUGAGGUCCCCAAUCCCGCAUAUUCUGAUAUCAGUCAAAGGUAUGCCUCUACAAGGCUUAAUGCACCUGGUGCAUCGGUUUCGUCUCUCUAUUCCUUUCCUGGCGCGCCAGCGUAUCGAUGAUUGGUACUCUGAAUUUACCAUGUUUUUACCCUGAGCCGGUUAUACUGCUAGAUGCAUCGGUGCCAUUUAGAAGUUGUCCAAACCUUAGGAAACCUGGAUGGUUGUCACAGUUCCUGUCACUGUGGUUUGCUUUACCUGUAUUUUCUGUCCUCGUUGAUCUGCUCCCUGCACAAAUGAUGUCCUGGUCCAACCUUGUUCACCCAUGCUGUUGAAUUGUGCUGCAAAGUUAUAUCCAUGAAUCUUAAGCUCAUCUUUUUGUUUGCGUGUUGCCGCAUUCUUUUGGCCUUGGCAUUCCGCCAAGGCAACAAGGCUCAAGUAGGGCUAUGAGGCUGGGUGGUUUCGUUUGUGUUCUUUGAACCUUGGAUGAUUAUAAACUCUUGAUCCAAGACUAGGGAUGAAAGUGUAUUGGAUAGUGUAUAUAAUACAAACCCAGGAUCUGGUACAAAUAUUGUCCUCCUGAUUCCAAUCUGAUUUCAUCCCUAUCCAAGAAGAAGGCUAUAUAUGUGAUAUCCUUGGGCUGAUUGCAUCAUGAAAGCUGAGAAUUUUUUUUCGAGUUCUCAAUCGCAUUGUUGUGGAAGGUGAUGCAUUUUGCCUUCCUAUAAAUAUUAUAACCCUUGCUAAUUCGCUGGGGAUUGUAUUCUUCAAUUAUUUUUA